AUGGAGUCAAUCCGCCCAGCCCUCGCCAGCAUCCGGCUGUCGGCGCCCAAGAGAGCCUACAGGCCCCUCUACCAAUGUCUGCACACAUCAGCGGCGCGGGGCGCCACGCCGCUGCCUCAUCCAUCGGUACCCGGACCACCGCCUGCGACGCCCGAGCCACAGCCAUCAGAUGCAUCUGAGCGGGUUGCAAGAAAGAGGCGGCAGGCCGACAUGAUGAAGCAGGCGCGCGAGAUGCGCGACGUCUACGCCCCCACCAACAAGCCCAAGAACAUGCUGGCCAAGCGCUUCUGGAAAGACGUCUCGAUCAAGGAGGACGAGGGCGGCCUGCAGGUCUUUCUCGACCAUCGACCUGUGCGAAUGCCCAACAAGCAGAUCCUCACGGUGCCCGCAUCGAAGCCCCAGCUGGCGACUGCCAUUGCCCUCGAGUGGGAUCUCCUCAUGAGCGCGCAGCAGGCCCUCAAGAACGACUACAUCCCCAUGACCUCGCUCGCCGCGCGUGCAAUUGAUAUCGAGGCGGCGGACAAGGAGGGGAGGGAAAACAUCAGGAACGACAUCCUCAGCUAUUUCAUGCGCGUGCUGGACACAGACACGCUGCUCUGCUGGGCGCCCGCAAAGGUCAUGAACGAGACGCUGCAGAACGGCAAGACACUGCGCGAGCUUCAGGAGGAAGUGGCUACAGGCAUCAUUGCCUACCUCCAGACACACGUGUGGCCUGGUGUAGAGAUCAAGCCCACGCUCGACCCCGAGACCAUCAUCCCCACCGAGCAGCCAGAGAUGACAAAGCAGGUGAUCCGGGGUUGGUGUGCAGGUCUCCCAGCCUACGAACUCGCUGGACUGGAACGCGCGGUGCUGGCGUCCAAGAGCCUGCUAGUCAGCGUGCGGUUGAUCCACGAAUGGGGCGAAGCAUUUGCGCAAUCGCGAAAGGUGACUGAUGCGCCGCGCUUCGGCAUCAAGGAAGCCACCGAGGCGUCGAGUCUGGAGGUUACGUGGCAGACGAAGCAGUGGGGUGAGGUAGAGGACACGCACGAUGUCCAGAAGGAAGACCUACGGAGGCAGCUUGGUAGUGCCAUUAUCCUCGUGGGCGGCGACUCAGCUUAA